GCACUUACGACCUCAAGCCUUGUCGUUGCCAGCCGACCCUAUGAGGCCGUGAGACUUGUGUCAUGGCGUCUUCUGGCUCCUUGAAAGACCUCUCUAAGGCCAUCAACGCCUACUACAGCAAUGCGCCGACACUCCCCCUCCCGGACGAGCUCACUCGAGCCAUUGAGGCGUAUCUUGACAAGCACGAGAAAUUUGACGAUCAAACCUCCGAGAAGCUGCACGAUGAACUGCAGGCCAUAUACAAUAGCCAUGUUGCAGGCCAGCCGUCACGAUAUGCCAGCUUCAUCGCUAUCUUCCGCCGCUUCGUGACUGUGAUCCGCACCCCAGCCCGACUGUUUCACUGGUGGGACAUCAUGGGCGAAUCUGUCGAGAUGAACGCUGUGCAGGAGAAAGGACUACUGGCGGAGUCGGCCGCAGGAACCAUGGACCUACUGAUGAUGGGAGAUGUCGAUGAGCAAGAAAACAAAGCAGAUGGUGCUGUGAAUCCCUUUGCUGAACGCCUCUAUCUCGCCUGGAUGGACAAGCAUCGCCCCAUUGAAUCCUCGCAGGGCGACGAGAGUGAUAUUGGAGGAGGUUCCACCGAACGUCCCAUGCGAGAAGGCUUGAUUGCGUGGGGCAAAAAGAAACCCAAAACACCUCUUUUUGGAAACUUACUUCGUUGCCUCCAACACGAUACCUCGACCACUGCAGUUUCUUUAGCGAUCACGACUCUGAUUAUGAUUCUCCCUCACAUGCCAAGCUCACUUGUUCCAUUCCUGCCGAUAUUGUUCAACAUUUACGCCAGACUGCUUUUCUGGGACAACGAGCGUACUGGCACUGUUGAGGCAGCUUCGGAGGACAACGACGCACGAAGCCUCACAUCCGCUUCCGGAUGGGAAGCUUCGACUUUCUGUGUGGAGUCGGACGAUCUCGAAAUCCGUCAUCUCGCAAGCUACUUCACCAUCUUGUAUGGAAUGUACCCUCUCAACUUUACAGACUAUAUCAGAAAGCCCCAGCGCUAUCUCAGGCAUGCCAAUGCCGCCGAGUCUGACGAGGUUGACGUUCAGCCGACCGAGAUUCGCGAUCGAUCAGAGAGGUUUCGACAAAGUCACCUGUUGCAUCCCAACUUUUAUACUCUCACGAUAGACUCGGAAAAAACCGACCUUGGGCGUUGGCUCAACUGCGAGCCGGCUGAGCUGGUGGCUGACUGCAUGGCUCUCCGAGUGCCCACCGACACAGUCUCAAGCGAGCUCAUGCCUGCAUCUCAAGUUGCAGGGGCUGCCAGUUCCUUCUUUAGUGAUGGGUCCGAAGGCCUUGAUCCUGCACUUCUCAGUGGUUCAGGUCCAGACUCGAAUAUUGACAGCUGGAGAAACACACAGGACUCGGGGCGUGAAUCGCAGGCGAGCAGCAGGAUACAGUCGACAGUUCAGCGGCAGCCAUCUCAAUCAAGUCAUCUUUCUAACAGAGAUUCUACGGAUACGCGAAGCCGUGGAGUUGACGGAGACAGCCCGACACUCCCUCCUCAUCUUGUUGUGUCCAAUUCGCAUACGCACUUGCAAGAUAUGAUACAGUCCAACAAGGCCAUCAAGUCAGGCUUGCAUCAAUCUCUGGCGAAUGAUAGCGUGCCAUCGUUGGCUCUAAGUCAUGCCGAUUCUUUUCCAGAAGGCCUGGCAAGUCACGUCCCGAGCCAUGCACCAACGCCCGCGCCGGUGGUCCCAUCGCCACUAUCACUCGCUGGGACACAGACCCAAUCAGCCCAUUUGCAGCGGCAGGUCAUGCUGCUGCAGAACGAUCUGAACUUUGAAAGAUAUCUGAAGCAGCAGCAUAUGGCACACAUUGGUGAGCUGCGGCGCAAGCAAGUUCGCGAAGCUGCAAGCGAAGCCGAGGCGCAGCACCUUAUCCUGGCGAACCGCAAUCUGAGAAACAGACUUGAUGAUGCGAAGAAGGCGGAGAUGCAGAUCAGAAAGGAAUCUGAAAGGGAGUCGAACUCCUAG